AUGUUUGGAUAUCUUGUCGAUUUUGCCGGGAGCGCGGGAAUCGACACGGACCAGGACGGCGGUGUGACCUGGCCCGAAUACCAGGCCUAUUUGACUAGGAGGUUUGGACCGAAGCUGGCCAUGGUUGAUGGGCCAAUGAUUUUUGGGCAUGCCGACGAGAAUGGCGAUCGGCGCAUUAAUGAAAAUGAAUACAUCCACUACAUCACGGCCACGCUCGGGCGAGCCGACAUUGUCGAAAAGUUGAGCGAAUCCGAGGCGGCCCUCCUCAACGACAGCAAGCAUCCAACUUCGGAA